GUGGUAUUUGUAUCUGUUUGGCACGGCGGAUGACAGGGGCUAUAUAUGCCCGCCGCUGCCCAUCUCUUCCUCUUCCUCUUCCUCUUCCUCUUCCUCUCGCUCUCUCUCUUUCUCACUCAUGUACAACGACUACGCAAGACCGCUGCGGCAGGACCACGGCGAUGGAGAUCCAAAAAUGAUUGGCUUGUGGAAGAUCGGCAGGACCAUCGGCAAGGGAAGCUCAGGUAUAUGGCUGGUCAUCGUCCUAGGUGGCUAACCGCUGAAGCGCUCUCAGGCAGAGUACGAAUCGCCCGCCACGUGAAGACGCACCAGCUAGCAGCAGUAAAGAUUGUAUCGAAGAGUACUAUUCUGAACUCUGUCAGUAGACCCGGCUCUGGGAACGCUUUCUUCAAUAUCGAGCGUGAGAUCGUCAUCAUGAAGUUAAUCGACCACCCUAACAUCCUGCAGCCUCUACGACGUCUGGGAAACCAAUUCCGACUUGUACCUGAUUCUGGAGUACGUCGAGGGCGGCGAACUCUUCGAUUACCUCUGCAACAAAGGGCCCCUGUCUACCGCGGAAGCUCUGGGGUACUUCCAAGCAAAUCAUCUUCGCAGUCGACUACUGCCAUCGUCUCAACAUCGCACAUCGGGAUCCUAAAACCUGAAAAUCUACUUAUGGACCGGGACAAGAACAUCAAGAUUGCAGACUUCGGUAUGGCAGCAUGGCAGGCCGGCUCAAACAACGGCCUCUUACGAACUUCCUGCGGAAGCCCACACUACGCCGCCCCAGAGGUCAUCAUGGGGAAAGAAUACGAUGGGCGUGCUUCAGAUAUCUGGUCCUGCGGUGUCAUCUUGUUCGCUCUGCUAGCGGGUCACCUUCCUUUUGACGACGAGGACCUCACCACUCUCCUGGAGAAAGUCAAGUCCGGCAAGUACGACGUGCCACUACGUAUCGACUCGAUGGCAAAGAACCUUAUAUCGAGAAUGCUUGUGAACGAUCCAGAGCAGCGAAUCACCAUGGCGGAAAUACUUCAGCAUCCGUUCUUUCUGUCGCAGGAACGGAAGGUUCUCGACCAACGCGUUCCAGAUCUCAAUUUCAUGGCUCGCCCUGUCCCAAGAGAAGUCGAUAUCGAUCAGAGUAUUCUGGCCAACCUAAGGACGCUCUGGCACGGCACCCCUGACAGGGACAUCAUCGAAAGUCUCAGAAACAACGAACCGAAUUGGCAAAAGGGCGUAUAUCACCUUCUCACCGAGAACCGAUAUAGGCGGCUUGAAAAUUAUGACGAACAAGAGGAAGAUUUUUUCGCGCAGGCGCGAGAUAAACGAAAGGAGAGAAGAAAAUCGGAAGGGCUACCCCGCUGUACGAAAUGCGCUUCCCACACGAGGGAGGGAGACUUCUCGCCAUCGGUGCCACCUCCCCGUGCAGAACACACAACGCUCAGCCGAGCUGGGUGUCUCCUUUGCAAUAAGACCCAGCCUUUCUCGCCACGUCUGUUUUAUUCGCCCCCACCACCUCGACCAACGCAGGCUCCGAGGAGCGACGACGCGAUGCACGAGUUUUUCCAUCAACUUGUCGAACGGUUGAACGCGAUGGCAAUCCGUACAGGUAUGAGGGCUCCUCCCCUGCAAGUGACCCACGAGUUUUGCCGAUGUACGACAGCGGAAGGCCGGUAUGCUAAACACGAACACAACGAUCGAAGUGAACCCUUCAGCCCAUGCUCCAAAUGUGACAUACCUGGUGACGAGGGUGUGCAACAAGGGAAAGAAUUCCAGCGCAGGUCACUCCCGAAGUCGGACAAGAAAAAAUUCCCGAUGAUCUUUCACAAGUCCCACAAAAGCGAUGACGCCGUGUCGAGACGGUCUUCUCUGCGCGUGAAGAUCAUCGAACCAUCCCCGAAAAUGUUGUCACGAAGAAAAAGCCUUCGCACAUCCUUUUUUUCUUCAGCUUCCUCUGACUCUUCGACCACACUUGCGUCCACGUCAGGAGGGUGGUGGCUGAGUAACGCGUUUAGCUUCAAGCCGGCGAGCUACGAACUGUUGUCAGUCCAAAAUACGUUUACGACCCGAGAGGAAUGUCGCAAAUUGCUUGUCGGCCUUGGCAUCCGAAUCACCUUAACGCACGCCGAAGAAGCCGGAGUGCUCAAGUGCAAAUUCGACUGGAGUCGAAGAUCCCAGGGGUACCCUCCCUGUUGUCAAAUUCGUCGCCUUCAAGGUAGAAGUGCACCAGCCGACCACGCCUCAAGCUUUAGCUGGCUACCAGGUAGCGCUUCGGUUCAUCCACUGAAAAAGGCGCCUCUUCUAGUUUCCAGACGAUCUAUCAUAGAUUACGAAGAGUGUGGGAAUUGGACGUGUUCAGGACUGCGAACGAGCAAGAGCAGAGGGCGGCAGCGGAAGCGAAAAGACCUGUGA